CCAUUGUAAUUAAUAUAGUAGUUUCAUAGCAGUUUUUUUUGACUUCUUGUACUGGUUUCAUACCUGAUCAUCAUUGCUUGUAUUCCUAUAUAAAUCCUCCGAUUGGGAGAUGAAAAUAUCAAGAAAUUAACUCUAUUUUGGCAAAUUGCAUAAUAAGUUGCAUCAGAUAGAUGUUAUAUAUAUAUAUAUAUAUAUAUAUAUAUAUAUAUAUAUGUAACCAAGUAGAAAAGUUAUAUUUUUCUGAACCACGAGCAAUUCUACAGUGACUUCAAACACUCUCCAUGCCUCUGUUUUUAUCCAACCGAUUGAGUUUUGAGAUGCUCAAUUUGCAUCAUUAUGCAUCUAUACUCCAGUAGUUUCUGUUCCAUUAUUUCUUGAUGUUUUUAACAUUUAUUCCUUUUUUUAUCUCAGACGUCGUUGGAUAUAUUGUAAAUUUCACAAAUCGAAAGAAUGCAGAAAUAUUCCUCAAUGCGAACUGAGCUCAACGGGGGGAACUUGAGAACAGCAUUUCGGAGUCCCUCGAAUUCAGAAGGAAUUUAUUUGGUUGAUCCUCUAUCUAACAUAUCAAACUCAGGCAAGACUAAGCAGCCAUUGAAGCUAUUGUCCGUGGAGGGGCUAAAAAAGGCGCUAAGCGAUGGAAGUAAAGUGACUACAAAUACACACUCCCAAGGAUUAAGGUUUCUGGCUGCGGUCACAAGAAACCAUCUGCUACAACUACGGAUCCAUCCAGAGUCAUCAGAAACCAUCAAAUGGAUGUAAAAAGAAUGAAAAACGAAAAGGAGAAUACUUUGGCAGGAAAAACAAAGCCGGCCACAUUAAACAUGAUGGAAUUCGAUUACAUAAGCUCGGACGAAGGAUUCUGUAGAAAAAGGUAU